CUGGGAUGCAUCAAUAAAAGCAUUCACCACAUGGAGUCACUGAACACUGAAGCUCUAGACACAAAGAUUUACACCUCCAGAAGAAGAGGACCGCAUGCACAGACGCACUGCUACUGUGAUGCCUACGACCAAAAACAUGUCCCAUACCGUAGCCAAUCACACCCUAAGGGUGGGUCAAAGUGUCCGCCUGGACCCCACCCAUGAGGCUUUGGGGAGAGGUCCAUGUCCCCCGGAAUCCAAAGGGGACUGUGACAUCUCGGAGCUGGACGUCUCCCUGGAUACCCUGAACCAGCUCAUCCUGGAGCUGGACCCUACCUUUGAGCCCCUCCAGGUCAACAAGCGACACAUGUCCAGCAGCCGCCACCACACAGACGACGCUUCUCCAGAAGAAAACGUCUCCGGCUGUGUGUUGGUCUCCAGAGGGUGUUCUCCAGGGAGUGCCUCGUCCACGUCUCGUAGCAUGCCCAUCCCAGUGCACCCUAGCCCCAGCUGCAGCCCCCAUGGCUCCCUGGUCUUCUCCGGCUCCCCCUUGUCCUCUCGGCCCCCGCUGCCCUGCGGGAGUGUGUACCGACAGACCCCGUCCUACCAGGGAGAGUUGUCCUGCUCCACGGGUGUCCUGCGAAUGUCACACUCCCAGAGGAGCAGUGCCGUGUCUCUGCUCUCCACAUCUCCCGGUUCAGACACCAGCUACAUCCUUGGCAGUUGCCAAUCGUUGUUCAGUGAAGAUGGCGAAAGCCCAGAGGGACUCCUGUUCCGCACGUCAGGCUCCUUCAGCGACGUGUCUCGGCCAAACAAGCCCUUCAGCUCCAGUCAGAGUCCAGACAAACGCUUGCAGACUGGGCCUUCACCGAUUGACCACUGCCCUGGGAUCCACAGUCAGGGCUCCCACAGCAGUCCAGCUUCACUGGCCGGCUCUCUGACAGACAUCCCUGUGGUGUUGGUCAAUGGAGCCCCGGAGCCUGAACUCCAGUCCCCUCCAGAAAUGCACCCCACACAGACCAUCCAGAGAUCCCUCUCCAGGCCCUCGUCUCCUCACAGUGUUAAACACAUGUCCAACGGCAGCCAGUCAUCGAUGAAAUUUGUCAUGGACACUUCCAAAUUCUGGUUCUGUCCACACAUCAACAGAACAGAGGCUGAAGCCCUCCUGACAGACAAGGCACCAGGAUCCUUCGUGGUGAGGGACAGCACAUCAUACCAAGGCUCCUUUGGACUAGCAAUGAAGAUUGACAAGGUGCCAGCUAACAUCUCUCCGACCAGCCAACUUGGCCUGGGCAGUUCAGAUCUCAUCAGACACUUUCUCAUCGAGUCUUCAGCCAAAGGUGUCCGCAUCAAAGGAGCUUCUCAGGAACCCUACUUUGGAAGUCUGUCUGCCCUUGUUUAUCAGCACACCAUCACCCCGUAUGCCCUACCCUGCAAAUUACGUCUCCAAUCACAAGAUCAAACCCAAGCAGAGGAGGGAGCAAAUGACAAGUUAACAGAGGAUGUGACAAAAACUGCCUGCAAUUACCUCUACCUGUGCGCUGCACCUACUGAGAUGCUGACAGGACCAUGUGCGGUCCAGAAGGCAGUCACCUUCCUAUUGCAGAAGAACAGCACAACCAAACCAACCAUUGUCAACCUGAAAGUGUCACCUAAAGGUGUCACAUUGACAGACAUCCAGAGAAAACUCUUCUUCAGACGUCACUACCCUGCACAUCUGUUGAGCUACAGUGGUGAAGAUCCAGACAAGCGACUAUGGAUGAAAGAUUGCAAACCGGCAAGGAUUUUUGGAAUGGUAGUAAAAGAUCCAGACGCUGGAAUGGAGAACAUCUGCCAUGUUUUUGCAGAACAUGAAGUCCUUCAACCUUGCAACCGGACUAAUCAACUCAUUCAAGGCAUCAUAGAUAUGAUGUAACCAUUUCCAGGAAAUUAGGUUGGAAAUGUAAAAAGAUGUCACAAUGUCAAUAUGAAUUUGCUAGAUGGCCUGUGAGGUUUCUGACUUAUGAAAAAAUCAUAAUUGUUCACAAUGUGUGAACCUUAUGACUAACCUGUCUAGAAUUUACAAAAUCUUACUAUUCUCCUUGAAUAGUACGACGAUACCUUCUAUGGAAAAACAAUAAACACAUAGUAUAGAUGAUAGUUUGCCAAUAAUAUUUGCUUGAGAAAUGUAUAACUAAAUGUCUACUGACUUCAUAGCAGCAUACAUUAUCACCCCAAUGUGGACCGCUUAGAGUAAAUCUGCAAUAUAUUAUCCAAGAUUGGAAAAGUAGUUAGAAUAUGAGACAUAUUGCUAUGUAGAUAAAUACUUUUUGGAUGAGGUAUAUGAUCAUAGAAGAAUGUUUUAUUUUCUUAUGUAGGAUCUGUUUUUUCUGAAAUGUGUAUAUAGUUUAUUUAUAUUUUUUGUUGUUGUUGCAUAUUAUAUUUGCUGUUCUGUUAUUGGUGUGGACCAUAAUAAACAUUCACGAGUUCAA